GUAGCUCAAAAUGAAAAAACUCAUCCUCGACUCUACAUCCCUCAACCACACAUUAUCAAGGAGGGCACAUUUCUCAUAUAAUAUCUUGACAAUAUCAUACUAUAUCACCUUUUCUCAACAUUGAUUAAUCCUUAUGCAGGGUUCAAGCGGAAUCAAAACCAAGUAAUUCUACAUUCGAAAUUUACCUCUGAUAAGAUUAUUUCUUUAUAAUACUGUCAUACAAUCAUUAGUACUUUUGCGGUCGUUAUGCUUAAAUCAGUUUGCAGAGUUGAAAUCGAAUCUGUGCAAGAUUCACCUUUGCCAAUUCGGCCCAUCCUUCUUCUCGCGACGUUGCCCAAAUAUCUUUCACCAUUUUUCAACCAUUGUUCUAAUUUGAAGCACAAAUUCGCCUUCUCAGACUUUCCCGCACAACUCUGAACAUACGUAGUCCGGCCAUCAUGCUAGGCAUAAUCUUCUCAUGUUACUCGAUGUCACUCAAUCAAUUGUCGAUACCAAUCCUCGCACAGCUCUACGGGUCUUACCAUCAUUUGUCAAUCCAUUUGGCCCGUUACUAGUGGCAAAGAUUCGGAUUUCAAAAUACCUCCGAUGCUUCUAUUCUAUGUGGAUAUUCUGGUCCAUGCCUGAGAUGCACGUCGAGUGAAUCUAGGUUAGGUGAAUCCACACCAUCUCGAUCGACGAAAUCCUUUCUCGUUCACCAACGAAGGAAGACUUCAGCUCCAACAGAAGAAGAACUCGCUUACAGUUGACGAUCUCAGCUUCAUACACGCCGGGAAUCUGUCCGACGAGAUCCAGGGGUGAAGGAUGCAAAGAUCGAUCGCUCUAUAACCAAGCAACGGAGGAGGAAGGAGAGGAAGAAAUUUGCGCAGAAUCGAAUUGCUCAAAUUGCAUCGUCUCGGUCUGAAGGGGAUUCGGAAUGGCUCCGUCAGCCGCAGCGAUGGAGCAGGAUUUCGGGCUCCGAUUGGUGCUCACAUCGGCGUCGGCUGUGGCAGCGGAGUCGGUGACAUUUCCCAUCGACAUGACGAAAACUCGAUUGCAGCUGCAGGGAGAGAUGGGGCGCACGCAGGGAGCGAAGAAAGGAGCCGUGGGCAUGGCCCUGCACAUCGCCAAAGACGAAGGAAUAGCGGGCCUCUACCGCGGCCUGUCGCCGGCCUUGCUGCGCCAUGUCUUCUACACUAGCAUCCGAAUCGUCUCGUACGAGCAGAUCCGCAACCAUGUCCACACAGGCGACGACAAACACAAUGUCUCGGUCACCAAAAAAGCCUUCAUCGGUGGCGCUUCUGGAAUCAUCGGACAGUUGAUCGCGAGUCCCGCCGAUUUGGUGAAAGUGCGCAUGCAAUCCGACGGGCGAUUGAUCAAAAUGGGGCAAGCUCCUCGCUACACGGGGCUGGUCGAUGCGUUCGCCAAGAUCGUGAAGACGGAGGGAGUGGGAGGUCUAUGGCGAGGCGUCGGGCCCAAUGUCCAACGCGCGUUUCUGGUGAACAUGGGGGAGCUGGCGUGCUACGAUGCGGCCAAGCAAUUGGUCAUCGAGAAGGGAUUCUUUGGAGACAACAUCGGGGCGCACACUUGCGCUUCCGUCAUGUCCGGCCUGUCGGCCACCAUUCUCAGCUGCCCAGCGGACGUGGUGAAGACGCGGAUGAUGAACCAAGCUCGCCACGAUCCUGCUUCUGCCACUGCCGCCUCCUCCUCCGUCUGCUACCGCAAUUCCGUGGACUGUCUGGUGAAAACCAUCAAAUUGGAGGGAGUUGGAGCGCUCUGGAAAGGAUUCUUCCCCACCUGGACUCGAUUAGGGCCCUGGCAGUUCGUCUUCUGGGUGUCGUACGAGCAGCUGCGCAGUCUCACUGGCCUAUCGUCGUUCUAGAGGCGCAAUUGCCCAUUUGUCAAUUGGCCGCUUUCCUUGUCCGUCGACGAAACCUGCUUUUUUGCACAUUCCUAGAAUUUCUUUCCCUCGUUCCCAGCUCGUCCUUGCUUGCAGUCCUGUUACUGUCCUCGUGCAUUGCAAGGGAAGCAUCCGGAGGGAACUACGACCGAGUCGAAAGUUCCAAUUGGCAAAACGAAAAGGUGACAGGUUGGAGCUCCACGAAUCUUCGAGAGAAAGAUUGUGCUCUUUGUGCAGCCCAGCUGAAACUGCAUCCGGGAUGAGACGACCCCGCUGGAAAUUCUCUCGAGCCAGAGGUGAAGUUCUGCUCGGAGAGUCUUCCAUUGCCGGUCGACGAGACCGGCGUACGCUGCAAUCGUGAUUUCGUUUCCUUCGUCUCACCCACAAUCGAGGCACUUUUGCUGAAGAUCCAUCAUCAGGUCGAAUGGCCCAACGCGAUACCAAGCGUGCGAAACUUACACAAACGAUCCCCUGUAGAUUUCAACGCUCAGAACAUUAUACAAAAGUGUACAAUAUGUAAUCAGAUCAUGGGGGACAACACCUCCAAAUUUUCUACGAUCAAUGUCCAUUGGCGCUCAAUCAAUUCUUGUUUCUAAAGGCUAGGACAGAGCAACCGAGCUUGACGUCAGCAGCUGCCUCACCGACAUGAGAAUCUGACAGAAAGACUUCAGAACUUUGGUUAAGAGUGCCUCACCGACAUGAGAAUCAGAAUUGAGCUGAAAGUUCCGAGUGGUAUCCACAGGUAUUGUGGGAAGAAAGUUACCUCCGAAUCUGAUGCCGUUCGUAAAGAGAUAUCCAAAAACUUCAGCGGGACACAUUCGUGAGGAGAUUCCAUGCGGACAAGAGUGAAGUUGAAGUGAGGAAACUGUCGAGCGAAAAGUCUAAUUCCAUAUGUUGUGCUACAAAAGCUCAAAAGCUGGAGUCUUAAAGCUUGGCGUACGAGAUUGUAAUCAUAUGUUGUGGCAUACAAAUGAUAUUCAUUUGCUGGUG